CAUGGGGCCCCUGUGUCCUUGCCCAAACUCAAACAUGCCUAUGAAAAAGGUACCAGGGGCAUCUCAUGGGGCCCCCUACUGACCCCGGGCCCUUGGGCAGUGCCCGAGUUUCCAAAUGGUCAGUCCGCCUCUGAGUGUAUGCCCCAUCAUUGGUGUCAGCUGGAGGAGUAGUGCCCCAUCAUUGGUGUCAGCUGGAGGAGUAGUGCCCCGUCAUUGGUGUCAGCUGGAGGAGUAGUGCCCCGUCAUUGGUGUCAGCUGGUGUGCCCCGUCAU